AUAAAGCUAGUUUAUAAAAUAAAAUUUGAAAACACUCCAAAACAAGGGAUGGCAAAAAAUUUACUAAACUACAGCCACUGUUGUACAUUAUGAUGUCACCCCAAAUUUAAAUUUUAAGCAAACACCAUGUUAACUGAUAACAGUCCCACAGUCAGCGGUUGUCGGAACAAAACCAAAAAUCUCGUCAAUCCUUCCUGAUUCCACUUUUGACGAUCCAAAAAGUAUGAUUCCAUUGUCAACCACCAUUGCCGCCAUUUUAUCUCUCUUCUUCCUCACAAUUACACCCCUUUCUCUCUCUUCAUCUUCUUCCCUGGAUGACUCUCUCACUUACAUUUGGCCAUUGCCGGCCAAUUUCACUUCCGGCAACCUCACUCUCACCGUCGAUCCCGACCUUUCCAUCUCCUAUUCCGGGAAUUCUAUGAUCAUAUCCGACGCUUUUCUCCGUUACAAACGUCUGAUCUUCAUUCAUGCAUCCAAGGUUUCUCGCAAAUUUCGAUCUAUCCGAGGUCCUGCUUAUGACAUUAGUGUUCUUCAGAUCAUUGUUCAUUCAUCGGAUGAAGAGCUUCAAUUUGGAGUGGAUGAGAGCUAUAGUUUGAAAGUUUCUGGGAGAGAUGAUCAGUCAAUUGUUGGUGUUGCCACAAUUGAGGCUAAUACAGUAUAUGGUGCAUUGCGGGCAUUGGAGACUUUCAGCCAGUUAUGCACUUUUGAUUACGGAUCAAAAUCCGUAAAAAUAUUUAAGGCUCCUUAUUAUAUUCAAGACGAACCAACGUUUGCAUACCGCGGGCUUCUUGUAGACACUUCUCGUCAUUAUUUACCUAUUGCUGUUAUUAAGCAAAUUAUUGAUUCAAUGUCAUAUGCUAAACUUAAUGUUCUUCAUUGGCAUAUCGUGGACGAGCAAUCUUUUCCUCUUGAAACACCGUCAUUUCCGAAUUUGUGGAAGGGUUCAUACUCAAGGUGGGAGCGAUACACAGUUGAAGAUGCUUAUGAAGUUGUCAACUUUGCAAAAGCAAGAGGAAUCCAUGUUAUGCCAGAGAUAGAUGUUCCUGGUCAUGCUGAAUCAUGGGGUGUCGGGUAUCCUGAUCUUUGGCCUUCGUUGUCCUGUAAAGAGCCACUGGAUGUUUCAAAAAACUUUACCUUUGAUGUGGUUUCUGGAAUCUUGACAGAUCUGAGAAAGAUCUUCCCAUUUGAGCUCUUCCACUUAGGAGGUGAUGAGGUCAAUACAGGGUGUUGGAAUUCCACAGCACACAUAAAGCAAUGGUUGCUUGAUCAUAAUAUGACUUCAAAAGAUGCAUAUCAGUAUUUUGUACUUAGAGCUCAGGAAAUAGCUAUUUCAAACAAUCGGACUCCAGUUAAUUGGGAAGAAACAUUUAUAUCAUUCCCUUCAAAGAUGAAUCCAAGAACAAUUGUGCAUAAUUGGUUGGUUUCUGGAAUCUGUCCUAAGGCUGUGGCAAAAGGUUUCAGAUGUAUCUUCAGCAAUCAGGAUGCCUGGUACCUUGAUCAUCUAGAUGUCCCUUGGGAACCUGUCUACAAUGCCGAUCCCUUGGAGGGAAUCACCAAUACUACUCAGCAAAAGUUAAUUCUUGGAGGACAAGUAUGCAUGUGGGGUGAGACAGCUGAUACUUCAAAUAUUCAGCAAACAAUAUGGCCUCGAGCUGCUGCUGCUGCAGAACGAUUAUGGAGCAGGAGAGAAGCUACAACGGGAGGAAAUAUAAACAUAACAGCUCUGCCUCGGUUGCAUUACUUCAGGUGCCUCUUGAACUUACGUGGGGUUCAAGCUGCUCCUGUUACCAAUUUUUAUGCUCGGCGUGCUCCUAUUGGCCCAGGAUCUUGCUAUGAGCAAUGAUUUCCCCCCCUGGAAGUAUCAAAAUGUUAUCAACUCGUUCCAGCCUCUACACUCAGGGGAAAUACGGUGGUCCAGUUGGUAAUGCUGUGUUAUGUAUAUUUUCACACCUUUGCAUCAUAUUCAUGCAUAGGAGGGUCUGUUUUUGUUUGGUGUUGUUUUUGAUGUCUUAUUUUGUAUUUGAUGUAUAACUCUGUUGUAUCGAAUGUAUGAUCAAUGAUGCAUGUGUUGUGACUGAGAUGCUCCGUGUCUUUGUCCUAUAUGUGAAAUUGUGAACCUCACAUCUUAAGCCAUUUAUGCACAGUACAUUGAGGGCGUGUGGUUUAUGAAUGAUGCUUACAACCUAA